AUGAAGUCGUCUAUCUUUCUGCGGGAGUCUGCUACUCCUUCCAGACGUCCACCACGACAAACAAACGGAUCACUGGUUAAACCCCGGAAAUCAGCUGUAAACAACGGAAAUAAUAAUAGUGGAAGAGGAACUGGUACCGCUAAAAAUAACAGUAAUAACAUUGUUACUGCUACGUCCUUUACCACCUCUACUAGUCGCUUAACUUGGUCGAGUCUUGAUGAGUUGGUCCUGAACUAUACAACCACAGGAAAACUCCCCCCCAUCCUCUCUCCCACUCUCCCUAAACAGUUUGAAAGAAAUGAUGGGUCGAACGCUAUGAUCAACUCCGAUGAAGAAGAUAUACCCCUUGGACUUCUUUCGAAUACCAAAAGGUCUCCUAAGAAACCUUUAGCAGGUAAAGCGCUGCCAUUUGUGCCUUCAGGUCCUUUGCAUCCGACUCCUCCAACAUCAAAGCAGUCCACGUCCACGUCUCUGCCAAAGAUCUUUAAGCUGAAACAUGUUCGAUGGGUCAACAGACUCGGUGAUCCCGUCAAACCUCGAUUAGUGUUACGUAUCACAUUCCAUAAGAACAUUACAGAAUAUGCCAAUCUUAUCAAAGACCUGUCUCCUUCGAUGGCUGUUGAAUCAGACUCAGCGUCAGUCUCACCGCCUCCAAUGGGGUUAGGCAUAUACGAUAAGAAGGACCUUAAGGGGUCUCCAUUGAAGAAUGACUCAGCAUUGUCUGCUCUGUCUGCGUCUAUGUCUGCAGCUGUUUCUGCCUCUGCGUCCACAGCUACGUCUACAUCUAUAUCGUCAUCAAAAUCUAUAUUUACACCUAAAAGACAGCUAUCACCGGUGAAAUCACUACCUAGUCAACAUCCUACAAACACCAUACAAAUACCCAAGAUUCCUGGGUUUGUCAGCAUCCCCAAUACGAUAUCUACCAAGAACGUUGAUAAGCAGGUCCUUAUCACCAGAAAGACCAAUUGGAUGAAGCUAGCCAAAGAAAACCGAGCCAAAGUGUCCAAAGGAAGAAAUAAACUCCAACAGACACUUCUUUGGAUGGACAGUUUGAUUCUACAAAUGGUAGCCAAUGAUCUUGACGAAAGAAUCAAGAUCAUGAAUGAUAUUCUACCCAGUGAAAGACUAUGGAGAAAUAUGUUUGAUGAUAUCAAUGAUUUUUUAAAGAACACUCAAACCCAAGAAGAAAAGAAUCAAUACGAAGACUUUUAUGUGCUUGUUGUAUGUUUAUUAUACCAUACCAACGGUUUAGUACUCAAGAGAAUCAACAAUAUCUUGACCAAAGUUAUUGAUCUGUAUACCAAAAGAAAUGAUGGAGAUAUCAUUAACAAAGUGGUGGAACUUCAAUAUCAAGCUAUUCAUAAUGGAAAUCUUAUACUGGAUUAUCUUUUAAAUGGUAAUCCUAAUCAUAUGAUGUCCACUAUAUCAUCUAAAUUCCCAAAGACUUGGUAUCACCGUACCACCAAUAUCCAGAACCUUACCAAACCGUUAAAUGAUUUAAGACCAACUUCAAAUGCCUAUUACCUUCCAUUGGGUAACUUUUCCAGUUUGAAUGACAUUUCUGCUUUACUUCACAAUAUCCUAAGAGAAUUCAUUGAAUCAAAUAAUAUCAACUAUAGUCUUGCAUGCAGCCAAAAGGGGAUAUAA